CUAACAAAACAAACAUAUUUUAUUCGAAAAAUACGAAAGAUGCUGAAAAAUUGUUAGUGGGGCUGCUUGAUUUUCACACAAAUACAUAUUUCAAUAAAUAAAAAAAAAGUCUGCUCGGUUUAAAUAGCACAUGACCCCGCAAGUCAACAAGAUCCAUUUUGCUUCCUGAAAGCUUCGAAUUAUGUCUCCGUUUUGAACUGGGGAUUGAGAUGAUGAUUUAUGGGUAGCAAAAGCUUGAAGGUUGGUGGAAAAGCUAAUACUAGUGUUGGUGCUUCGAUGCCUAGCUUUGUUUCUCAGAUACCCAUCUCCAAUUCAAAUGGUGUAGAGAGUAACGCUGGUCAAUCCUCCCGAGUUUCUAAUUUCGGGUCGCCCGAACAGUCGCUUGGAUUUCGUGGAGUUUAUAACUCCACAGCUUUGAUCAAUCAAUCUGUGCACCCUGAUCUCCAGUUUGGUACAUAUGAUAAGAUGUUACAAGGGCAAAAUAGUAAUCGUGAGGCCUGGUUAGAAUCUAAUAUUAUGGGAGAUGGAAGCCCACACACAGAUACUUCCACUGAAAUGGACCCUGAUGACAACAAUCAAAGCUUUGAUAUUGUUCCAUCUAAUCCGUUUAUGGCUUCUGGUUCUAGUGACAAACAAAAAGAAAAAUUUCCAGAACAAAAGACAUUAAGGCGAUUAGCUCAGAAUCGUGAGGCAGCCAGAAAGAGUAGGUUGAGGAAAAAGGCAUAUGUGCAACAAUUGGAAAAUAGUCGAUUGAAGCUAACUCAACUAGAGCAGGAGGUCCAACGAGCUCGAAAGCAGGGUGUUGUGAUUUCUAAUUCAAGUGAUCAAACGCAACCAAAUGGUGGGUCAUUGGCAUUUGUAGCAGAAUAUUCUCGGUGGUUGGAAGAGCAAAGCAAACACAUAAGUGAGCUGAGGACAGCUGUCACUUCACAUAGAAGUGACAAUGAGCUUCGUUCUUUAGUAGAAAAUGCCACCUCACAUUUCAAUGAACGUUGUUUCCUAUGGAUCGGUGGCUUCCGUUCAUCCGAAUUACUCAAGCUACUUGUGAGCCACUUGGAGCCACUAACAGAACAACAACUAGCAAGCAUUGAUCAUUUACAACAAACAUCACUUCAAGCAGAAGAAGCUCUAUCACAAGGAAUGGAUGCAUUGCAACAAUCUCUAGCCCAAACAUUGGCUAGUGAUGCACCCGUUGUGCCAGCUGGAUCUUCGGGUAUGGCUAACUACAUGGGUCAAAUGGCCAUGGCUAUGGGAAAACUCGGUUCUCUUGAAAAUUUUCUCCGCCAGGCGGAUCAUUUGAGGGAAAAGACGUUGCAACAAAUGCAUACGAUACUAACAACUCGGCAAUCAGCACGUGCACUGCUUGCAAUUAAUGAUUACUUUUCUCGGCUUCGUGCUCUUAGUACGCUUUGGCUUGCUCGCCCACAAGAGUCAUAUUUCUCUUCCUCGAGACCAUUUGGUCGGACUAAUCGUCGCCUCGCCUCUAUCAUCCGUCGGACCUCUGCUCUGCUCGCCCCAUCGUCGUAUCAGAGGUGUAAGUAAGGUUGAAGAUAGAUAGAUAGAUAAAGAUGCCACAUAAAACACGUCCUAUGGCAGCACUUUUGCUAUUUACUGGACUGAAUGUCGUUUUGGUGUCAACAAUCACUCCUGUCUAUGAUUUUGUCUGCUUUCUCCCUUAUUGGGAACGAAGGAGAGAACUUAGGCGUCAGGAGCGUGAAGCUACUCUAGCAAACAGUUCAACAUCAGGAUGAACUUCCAUGGAGGGUUAAAUUUAUAUAGAAAAUAAGAAAAUCAUUCUUAUUGUUAGAGGGUAUUUGUUUUGUUUAUUCACCUUUGAAUUCAUAAAAUUUGAUUCACACAUUUAUGAUCCGUGGUUGUAGGAUAUAUCGCAUGCCAUUUCACCUAUGGUUAACAAAAAAAUAAAAAAAGAAACAUGAAGUGUUGAGAUGAGAAAAGACAGGGGUAGGGGAAUUGAAAUUUUGUUUUUAUGUUAAAGUAGGUAGUGUUGCUAUCAACAAUUUUGCAUAUCAUGUGUGAGUAGGGUAGAUAAUUAGAUAGUAGUUGUGUUGUCUAUUUUGUUUUCCUAUCAAGUGAAUGUGGCUCACAUGGCUUCUUUACUUCAUUCUUCAUAUAUAGAAUGACAAUCCUCACAACUUCAUGAAAAGAGGUUUGUUUCAUUUUUGGUGGCUAUUUAUGAGAUGAACCUCACUGCAUCUUCUUAUUUUGUUAGUGUUAGUGUUGGUUCCCGAAAUAUCAUCCCUCUUUCAUAACUCUUGGUGUGAAUCAUAAAGUUGAAAAUAGACAAUUGGUUAC